UAGCGAGUUCCGAUAUUGAAGCCAGCAGUAGAUAUCUCCUUUCCAUAAAUACUACACAGACACUUAAUUACAUCAUUUAACAAUAUUGACAAGCAAAUUCCGGUGUUUGACAAUUGCUAGACUUCAAUGAUAGGUAGGAGACGGGUUUUUUUCCCACGAUGCAGCGAAGUGCGAGCUUCACUAAUGCGAACGUCGAGUGUGCCGAGAUAGAAUUAGAAGUGUCAACGCUCACAAAACUUCCAGCUGAAAGUGACAUGGGCCGGUUCGGCUCUAACAAUAGUCAAAACCAUGUCGGAAAGAGGAAAAGGAAAGAAUAUAUGCGACUCAACGCGAACGAUGGAGAGCAAAUACGGGCCAGCCUGUCGUUUGCAGCAGAUGUCGCGGAAGCAGGAGAUCCUUUUCCUCGGUUGAAAUUUUACUCGUUAUUCAAGGAUGCUGCAUUGAGGUGUGCAUCUAAUCGCGUCUAUCGGUCAAUAACAGGUUUUUUUGUUUAUA